AUGGCAACUGCUCUGCUUCCUGCUCCCCAUCCUGAACGAAUUGUCCCGGAUCCCCCAGAAGAGCGUGGGCCCCCGAAAACCACAGCGGGGAGGGAGGCGGCCAGCGAGGAGAGUGACAGCCAGCGGGGUCAGAGACUGGCAUUAGGAAAGUGCUGCAAUGCACAACACAUGCUACUGGCCACCCAGGAUAAUGCUCCUCUCGGACGUAUUCUAACAUAUGAGACAAACCUCAGCCAUACAAUUGGAGUGAAUGAGCAUAUCUUCCAGAUGCUGCCAAAGAUUACUCCUUUCCUCAGGAAACCCUUCAACACCUGUGCUGUGGUCGGCAAUGGUGGCAUUUUACAGAACAGUUCCUGCGGGGAGGAAAUUGACAGCAUGGAUUUUGUGUUCAGGCUUAAUCUGCCUCCUCUUAAUCUGGUAGAAGACAUUGGUACAAAGUCCCAUCUCGUCACUGCUAACCCAAGCAUUCUGAUACAAAAGUUUGAAAGGCUGUAUGGAAGACGGAAGUCAUUCAUCAAACUUGUCAAAGGUUACGGACCCGCAAUGAUCAUACUGCCAGGUUUCUCCUACAGGAGCCUAACGGCGCUUUCCUUCCGGGCCUUGUACACGGUAGAAGACUUUGAUUUGGAAAACAAAGUUGCGUUCUUCCAUCCAGAGUAUCUCAGGAACCUUUCCAGCUACUGGAGAGAGAAGGGCGUUAAGGCCAAGCGUCUGUCUUCAGGGCUCAUGCUGGUCAGUGCUGCCAUUGAACUCUGCAACAAAGUCAACCUCUACGGAUUUUGGCCCUUUUCUAACGACACGGAAGGGAAUGCGAUCUCUCACCACUAUUAUGAUGACAUAAAUCCCAAACCCGGCUUCCACUCCAUGCCCGAUGAGUUCUAUAACUACAUGAAAAUGCAUGCAAUGGGAGCGCUCCAUCUGCAAGUCGGGAAGUGUUAA